AUGUCGCCAUCUUUAGUGAGGGACAAAACCCUUACAACAAGGUGUAUCUUAAGUCACUGCACCGAAAUAAUCAUGUCUGUUCCUGGCUCCGCGGUGACUGGGACCACUGCAUCGGUCUUGCAGCCGCGGUGGAAGCGCGUCCUCGGGUGGUCUGGUCCAGUUCCGCGACCCAGACACGGACAUCGAGCUGUGGCCAUCAAAGAACUUAUGGUCGUUUUUGGUGGUGGAAACGAAGGAAUAGUGGAUGAACUACAUGUCUACAACACAGCUACCAAUCAGUGGUUCAUACCAGCAGUUCGUGGUGACAUCCCUCCUGGUUGUGCUGCAUAUGGUUUUGUCUGUGAUGGCACUAGAUUACUGGUGUUUGGGGGUAUGGUGGAAUAUGGAAAGUACAGCAAUGAUCUAUAUGAACUUCAGGCCAGCAGAUGGGAGUGGAAAAAGUUAAAAGCUAAAAACCCGAAGAAUGGCCCUCCCCCCUGUCCGAGGCUUGGGCACAGUUUUUCUCUUGUGGGUAACAAGUGUUACCUAUUUGGGGGCCUUGCCAAUGACAGCGAGGAUCCAAAAAACAAUAUUCCCAGAUACCUAAAUGACUUGUACACACUGGAACUUCGCCCUGGCUCCAGUGUGGUUGGCUGGGAUAUUCCAAUAACAUAUGGUGUUUUGCCGCCUCCUCGUGAAAGCCACACAGCUGUUGUAUACACAGAAAAGACAAGCAGAAAAUCGCGUUUAAUAAUCUAUGGAGGAAUGAGUGGUUGUCGACUUGGAGAUCUUUGGACACUUGAUAUUGAUACACUGACAUGGAAUAAACCAUCAGUUAAUGGCACAGCACCACUGCCCAGAAGUCUUCACUCUGCAACUACCAUUACAAACAAGAUGUAUGUUUUUGGAGGAUGGGUUCCUUUGGUAAUGGAUGAUGUUAAAGUGGCAACCCAUGAAAAAGAAUGGAAGUGCACCAACACUCUUGCUUGUCUAAAUCUUGAUUCCAUGUGUUGGGAAACGGUCCUCAUGGACACUCUUGAGGAUAACAUCCCCAGGGCCCGUGCAGGUCAUUGUGCCGUUUCUAUCAAUUCACGUCUAUAUGUUUGGAGUGGACGUGAUGGUUAUCGAAAGGCAUGGAAUAACCAAGUGUGCUGUAAAGACUUGUGGUACCUUGAAACAGAGCGGCCACAUGCUCCAGCCAGAGUUCAGUUGGUCCGUGCCAACACAAACUCCCUGGAGGUGAGCUGGGGGGCAGUCUCCACUGCAGAUACUUAUUUGUUGCAGCUACAGAAGUAUGACAUCCCUGCAACUCCAGCUUCUCCUCUUGUGAGUGCAACACCCUCUCAGCUUGUGAACUCUCCCAAGAGUCCUGCUCCAACCGCCGCUGCACAAAGUCUUUCACACACCGCUGUUCUAAAGGUUGCAGCGCAACAGUCUGCGGGAGCUUCAUUAGUCACAGUUCGCCCCAAUCAGCCUGGGAAGUCCCCAUUGACGGUAACAUCUCUUCCACCUGGUGUAAGAAUGGUCGUUCCUGCCCAGACAACUCAAGGAUCUCCAAUUGGAAGUAGCCCACAGAUGAGUGGCAUGGCAGCAUUAGCAGCAGCUGCUGCAGCUACUCAGAAGAUUCCUCCUCCUGCGGGGACUGUUCUCAAUGUCCCAGCUGGUGCUACCAUAUUGAAGACUAUGGCGGUUUCCCCCGGGACUGCUACCGUUAAAGUCGCCUCUCCAGUCAUGGUGAGCAACCCAGCCACCAGGAUGCUCAAGACCGCUGCUGCCCAGGUUGGCACAGCCACUGCAGCCUCUCCUACUACGACUAGACCAAUCAUCACUGUCCACAAGUCAGGGGCUGUUACAGUUGCCCAGCAGGCCCAAGUGGUCACUACUGUAGUUGGUGGAGUUACCAAGACCAUCACCUUGGUCAAGAGUCCUCUCACAAUGGGUGGCAGUGGAACUUUGAUCUCCAACCUUGGCAAGAUGAUGUCUGUUGUACAAACCAAGCCAGUGCAGACCUCAGCUGUCACAGGCCAGGCCUCUUCUAACCCUCUCACACAGAUCAUACAGACGAAGGGUCCCCUUCCAGCCGGAACAAUCUUGAAAUUGGUGACCUCAGCGGAUGGAAAACCGACAACUAUCAUCACCACAUCACAAGCAGGAGGCGUAGGAAACAAGCCUACAAUCCUAAACAUCAGUGGUGUCUCGCCAACCACCACCAAGCAGGGCACCACCAUCAUUAAGACCAUCCCCAUGUCCGCCAUCAUGAGUCAGGCUGGAGGCACGGGUGUGACCAGUAGUACAAGUCUGAAAUCACCCUUUACAAUCCUGACAACCAAAGUAAUGACCACUGGGACUCCCGGUAAAAUCAUCACUGCGGUUCCAAAAUUGGCAACAGCAGGUCAACAAGGUCUGACACAGGUGGUUCUAAAAGGCGCUCCUGGGCAACCUGGAACUAUUCUUCGCACUCUGCCCAUGGGCACAGUUGGUGGUGUUCGCCUUGUUACUCCAGGAAACGUGUCAUCCGUCAAACCCACUGUGACUACUCUGGUUGUGAAGGGCACUACAGGUGUCACCACUCUUGGAACAGUGUCUGGUGCCGUCUCCACCAGUCAGUCUGGAGCCUCUGCAGACUCUUCCACUGCUUCGUUAGUCACCCCUAUCACCACACUGGGGACUAUAGCCACCCUGUCCAGUCAUGUCAUCAAUCCAGCUGCCAUUACAGUGUCUGCCCCUCAGACAACCCUGACUGCUGCCUCAACGCUGCCCUCCUCUACUAUCACAGUGCAGCCCACACAGGUAACUCUUAUUACUACUCCAAGUGGAGUCGAGACUCAGCCUGUGCAGGACCUCCCGGUAUCCAUCCUGGCUUCACCAACAUCUGACCAACCCAGUUCUACUGAAGCAAGUGCAACAGGAGAUGCAUCUGGGACAGUUACUCUGGUGUGUUCAAACCCUCCCUGUGAGACGCACGAAACUGGAACCACCAACACUGCCACAACAGCCUCUGCUAAUAUGUCAGCACCUCGCGUCUGCUCCAACCCACCAUGUGAAACUCAUGAAACUGGCACAACAAACACUGCUACAACAGCAUCGUCCAACAUGGGAGUCCAGAAAGUGUGUUCAAACCCUCCGUGUGAGACUCAUGUGACUGGCACCACAAACACCACCACCCAGGCCUCGUCCAAUAUGAGUUCUGGCCCAGCAGGAUCUGUUCAGAGGGUGUGCUCAAACCCUCCAUGUGAAACCCACGAGACGGGGACCACCAACACGCAGUCUACGGCCUCCUCUGAUAUGGGAAGUGGCCAGACCAGUACAUCAUCAGGUCUCGCUGAAAGAGUGUGCUCCAACCCUCCACGUGAAACCCACGAGACAGGAACCGCAAACACGCAGUCCACGGCCUCAUCAAAUAUGGGAGGUGGCCGGACCAGUACAUCAUCAGGUCUCGCUCAAAGAGUGUGCUCCAACCCUCCACGAGAAACCCACGAGACGGGGACCACAAACACGCAGUCUACGGCCUCCUCUGAUAUGGGUAGUGGCCAGACCAGUACAUCAUCAGGUCUCGCUGAAAGAGUUUGCUCCAACCCUCCACGUGAAACCCAUGAGACAGGAACCGCAAACACGCAGUCUACGGCCUCCUCUAAUAUGGAAGGUGACCAGACCAGUACAUCAUCGGGUCUCGCUCAGAGAGUGUGCUCCAACCCUCCACGUGAAACCCACGAGACAGGGACCACCAAUACCGCCACCACUGCUACCUGCAAUAUGGAGACUGCUGACGACCCAGCCAAUCAGACGGAAGAAGGAACAGAAAUUACCAGCCCAGAGGAGGCUGCUUCCACAGCAGCCACUAGCCUUGUGAGCUCCACCCAGGGCAGGGCAAUUACUACUGUGACCCAGUCUACUCCUGCACCUGGACCUUCAGUGCCAUCGAUCUCUUCGAUUGCUGAAGGUGCAAAUGCUGCUUCCAGCUCUACAGAGGAACCCAUGCAAACGGAAGUAGCUCAAUCAGGUGAUACCUCUGCAGAAGGAGACUCUGCCAUGGAGACACAGGGAGAGGCAGAUGAGGAGCUAGCUGUAACAGCUGCUGCUGAAGCCGCUGCUCAGGCUGCAGCAACUGAAGAAGCUCAGGCAUUAGCCAUUCAGGCCGUCCUCCAGGCUGCUCAGCAGGCAGUCAUGAAUGAGGGGGGCUCGGCAGGAGAGGGCCAACAAACCACCAGUAUCCCAAUAAUGCUGACACAGCAGGAGCUCGCAGCUCUGGUUCAGCAACAACAGCAGCUUCAGGAGGCUCAUGCUGCUGCGCAGCAGAGUGCGGUGGACACCAGUAUGCCAACUGAAGGACUUGCCCCUGCGGACAGCCUUAAUGACCCCUCAGUGGAAAGCAAUGGCCAUAAUGAAAUGGCUGCUGCUGUCACAAGUGCAGUAGCGUCUUUGCUCCCACAUACUGUCGCUAAUACUUUAGCCCCAACAAGCACAUUUGCAGGCUCUGUUUCAGUAGCAAGUCCUGCCAAGCUGCAAGCAGCAGCAACUCUAGCAGAAGUAGCCAAUGGGCUAGAAGGAGAGAAGCAAGCUCCUCAACCAUCUCCAGUGAAGCCUGUUCUAAAGAAGGAAAACCAGUGGUUUGAUGUUGGAAUUGUAAAAGUGACAAAUAUGGUUGUCACCCACUACUACGUGCCAUCUGAUGACUCUCUGGGAGAUGAUGACUCUGGUGUCAUGCCAGAUUACAGCCAAAUGAAGAAAAUGGAGCUCCAGCCUGGAACAGCUUACAAAUUUCGCGUAGCAGGAAUAAAUGCUUGUGGUCGUGGAUCUUUCUCUGAGAUAUCUGCUUUCAAGACCUGUCUACCAGGCUUCCCUGGAGCUCCUUGUGCCAUCAAAAUCAGCAAGAGUCCUGAUGGAGCCCACCUCACCUGGGAGCCUCCAUCUGUCACCUCUGGAAAGAUCAUUGAAUAUUCAGUUUACUUGGCCAUCCAGAGCAGCCAGACAACAGAGGCCAAAGCCUCCACCCCAGCCCAACUAGCCUUUAUGCGUGUUUACUGUGGACCCAGUCCCUCUUGCCUGGUGCAGUCUUCCAGCCUCUCAAACGCUCACAUUGAUUACACAACCAAGCCUGCCAUCAUCUUUCGCAUUGCUGCUCGCAAUGAGAAGGGCUACGGACCUGCUACUCAAGUUCGAUGGUUGCAAGAAUCUGGCAAAGAUGUUUCAUCAGCAAAACCGGCGCCUAAAAGACCCGGAAUGUCUCCUGAUGGCAAAGCGGCUGGUCCAAAGAAAGCUAGGACGGAUCAGUGA